AUGUGGCGGCUUAAGGUAUACUAAUUCGUACAACUUCCAGAUAGCCUUCUUCCUUACAUAAUGACUUAUCUGUGAUUAAAGCAUUCUUCUUCAUUAAUGAACUACUUACAUGCACUUAGGGAGGAACGCAAGUGGACGCCGCAGACCAGAGGUUGUGAGUUGAUUGCAAAGGAUCAAUAUUUAAAGAAAACAUCCGGUUAAGGUGCGUCGUUGGAGCUGGAAACCAUGACAUUUGCUUUAUUGGAACUAAAACAUGCUACGACGGCUUAUCAGCCGCAACCUGUCACUGCAUAACAGAGAUAACUGAUGAGAAAGAUACAGAGACUUGAAUUUUCACAGAAAAAAUCAAUGCAAAACAACAAGGUCAGUGUUUUCUGCGGCUGAUAAGCCGUCGUGAAAUUUGUUGUUUUCAAUAAACUCUGCUGUGUAUGUUUGUUUCAAAUUCAUUUCGGGGAAAUACUGCUUUAAAUGUGACAUUAUAUUAUGACAGAUGGGCGCUCACCGAUCAGGUGACGGAACUUUCUCGGUCCCUUGUGCCUUAGAACUCAAAUUAGAACGAGCACUAAACUAACUGACGUGCAACGGGACCGUGACUGAAUGGUAGAGUAUCAAACCCCAUGAACAAAGAUUUCGGGUUCGAAUCUCAAGUAAUCCAAACUUGGGGUUGGGUACGACUGGCUGAUGACGGCUAAUAAGCCAGAAAUUGCCAUUCCGGUCUCUCUGGCCCUUGUUGGUCUUUGUCGGUAAUGAUAUACAUCACUUAUUAUUCACCGUUCUCAUUAUUUGAAGUUUACGUCCAUUCCUGACUAAAUGUAGACUUACCAGCGGCGCAUUAUUCAAAGUCCUUUAUUUUGUGAAACUUGCUUUUAGUUUAUUUUUUUAAUGAUAAAGCUCACGUUCUUUGUCAAAUGGUUGUAUGCGAUGAGACUUUCGCAGAAAUUCAUUUUUUGACUUCUUCCUCGCCGCCCUGUGUGCUGCUUCACGUCUAAAACCCCCUCUACCGCCAUUCAGCCUAUGACACGGUCCACAGGCUAGCUCAAGUUAGUUGUGGAUCCUACGCCUUAUCGUUGCCGUAAAUCGAAUCUGGGACAGUCGAGCAGCGCGUUACAGCAUAAAAGAGUUUUUCGCGAGCAUUCUGUGAUCAGCACUGUUGACGGUGACGCAUUCUUGGAUAAGCUCCUUUUGGGCUACUUAACGCAAACUCCCAGCUGUUGCGCGCGAUCUGUCACUAUUCAGUGAGUCGUGGAAGAUACCUGCUUCCGUGUACAUCCCAGUGUUGGUAACUACCCAUGGGGUACUGUCAUACAUGCUUCUCUGCUAUUUCCUGCACCACUCCAAUCUCUGUUGUGUUAGUUGAAAUCCUCGUUAUUUGUUGUGUGGACCAGGGGGUGUGGUGAAACGCCAAGGUGGGGAUCCGUCCGAACCAUCUACCUGCGGCCUCCCUCGUCUCCGGUAUUCUUGACUCUGUCUUGCCACCGGGCUCAGGCGGGGGAGGAGGAGAGGGUGUGGUAGAUGCAGUGCAAGUCUACUGGCAUUAUAAACCCCUGCGCAAGUCACCGUCCCUGCUCCCACAAUGCAGUCUGUGGGGCACACGGUGGACAUAGUCGAAAGCGAGGGUUAAACUGUCGUGUGUGUGUGUGUGUGUGUGUGUGUGUUUGUGGGGUGUAGGGGUGUCCAGCAGUGGGUUCACGUGACGGUCGUAGUAGGUCGCCCACUUGCUUGCAAGUGCAGACUACGCCUAGCGUUCAUUUGUUGGCACCCAACUCUCAAAUGUGGCUCCGCGUAGCUGGGUUCUACUCCGCGGCCACCCCCCGGGCAACCGCUUCUACCGGCGGGCUAAACCGGGUGAGGGCGGUUACUCCCAGUGCGCGUUGUGCCGCGUGCAAAGGGUACUGCGGACUCCGCUGGACGGAUGGUCGGAUGGGACAUCGCGUCAGCACCGUCGUGACGAGGCUCCGUCUGGUACGCCGCUGGCCAGCCGGUUGGUGGGACGUCGCAUCGGCAUCGUCGAGACGAGGCUCCACCUGGUACGCCAUUAGUCAGCCGGUGGGAGGGAUCUUUGAAUCGGCAUCGCCGACACGCGCCCAUCUGGUGCACCGUAGGAAAGAGCGGGCUUACGGCGAUGUCGUAAGCCAUUGGCAAAUUCGAGUCGUUCUUCCACUGCCAGCAAAAUUCGUGGCCCACAGUGGAGUUCGGCAGCGCCGGCACAUUAAACGCAGCCCUAAGCAAGGAGGCACUGCUCGCAUUCGGGGGGGCCUGGGAAAGCUGGCCUACAGAUUGCUGGGAAACAACGUCGUCUGCAGGCUGACAGUGGUCGCAGACGUAAAACUCACGGUCGAAACAACCAAAAUCGAAACAACAACAACAACAAUAACAAGCAUACUCUCUUUCUCUUCCUCAUCCUGCCUCUUCUUCCUCUUCCUCUGCCUAUUCUUCUUCUUCGUCAUCUUCUUUGUCCCCUCCUUCCCACCGUCCCACUCGUCGCCGCCGCCACCGCCGCUGCAAUCGCCAGACUGGCAGGACGAGUCCUCUCACACUGGCAGCCUGGAAUGUUCGUUCCCUUUCAGAUAACCCGAAAAGCAACCGAUCGGAAGGGAGGACAGCGCUAGUUGCCCGAGGACUGGCAGGCUACAAGGUGGACAUCGCCACACUCAGCGACACCCGAUUCUCCGAGCACGGCCAACCGGAGGAGGUGGGUGCCGGCUACUCCUUCUUCUGGAGUGGUCGCCCCAGGGCAGAGUGACGAGACGCGGAUGUCGACUUCGCCAUCCGAAACGACAUCGUGGGACGACUGCCCUGUCUGCCUCAGGGCAUCAACGAUCGCCUGAUGAGCCUCCGUCUGCCUCUCCGCCGGGGUGGGGGCAAAUUCGCCACCAUCAUCAGCGUCUACGCCCCGCCGAUGACCAGCCCCGACACCGCAAGAGACAAAUUCGGCGAAGACCUGCACGACCUCCUGGCGACUGUGUCGAAGGCGGGAAAGUUGAUUGUCCUUCGGGACUUUAACGUCCGCGUUGGAACAGAACAUGCUGACCAUGGAGUGCUAGGUCCCCACGGUCGCCGCGGUUCAAACGACAAUGGCCUGCUCCUUCUCCGCACCUACGCAGAACACCGCCUCAUCCUGGCAAACACUUCCUUCUGUCUGCCGGAGUGAGAGAAGGCCACCUGGAGGCAUUCUCGGUCGCGUCAGUGGCACCUGCUGAACUGUGUCCCCGUCCAGAGGCGAGAUCAACGGGACCUGCUGGUGACGAAAGCGAUCACGGGCGCUGACGGGUAGACCGACCAUCGCCUCGUCAUCUCGAAGAUGCGUAUUCGCCUACAGCCUCGCCGAAGGCCACAAGGUAAGCGACCCCCAGGUAAGCUGAAUGUUGCCUUGUUGUCUUUGCCCGCUCACCAUACUCAUUUCAGCAAUGAGCAAGCUCAACGGCUAGAAAACCUUCCAAUAGCUGCCGCCACUGCCGCCGCCACUGUCGAGAACGCCUCUGUGGAGAACCGCUGGUGUCAACUGCGGAACACAGUCCAGUCGACAGCGUUGGCCGGCCUCGGUCGCGCUCCCCGCCAACACCAGGACUGGCUCGACGACAACGACGCCGCCAUCAGCAAUCUGCUCGCCGAGAACCGCCUACACAAAGCCUACGUAGACCACCCCACUGACGACAACAGAGCUGCCUUCUACCGCAGUCGCCGCCAGCUUCAGCAACGACUGCGCGAGAUGCAGGACGCCUGGACUGCUCGCAAAGAUGAGGAGAUCCAGGGGUACGCAGACCGCAACGAGUGGAAGAACUUCUUCUCCGCGAUCAAAGCUGUCUACGGUCCGCCGACAAAGGGCACUGCUCCUCUCCUCAGCGCCGACGGCAAUACCUUCCUGACCGAGAAGACACAAAUUCUACAGCGAUGGACCGAGCACUUCCGAGGCGUCCCCAACCGCCCCUCCACCAUCUCCGACGCCGCCAUCGCCCGUCUGCUGCAAGUGGAGACCAACGUGGAUCUCGACCUCCCGCCAUCUCUUCAGGAGACCAUUAAGGCCGUGCAGCAACUCUCCAGCGGGAAAGCACCCGGAUCGGACGCAAUCCCUGCUGAGGUCUACAAGCACGGAUGUCCCUAA